CUUGGUUGGGGGUAAAAGUCCUCAGAAUUGCCAUUCUUUCUGCAGAAACUGUGGGCGGGACUGGACAGGAGGAAUUAAAAAGGGCGGGCAAGCCGCAUGUAAGAGAUGCUUCUGUAAUGUAGAGGCGGAAAGAGCACAGCACCUUGGGCGAGCGACAACCUUGUGGGUGGCAUCAUUGGAGAGCAGUCCCCUCCGCGUCUUGUCCGCCACCCCCUACGCCCAAGCCUCACCACCUCGUACUCACGGAUCCCCUCUCCUAUUGGUUUCACUUUCCUAUUCUCUGCUGGCUCCAAAUUCCAAGACGACCCUUCUUCACCUUCUGAUUCCUCUUUUUGUAUGGAAGGAAACUAGGACUGGGAAAAUCGCGCUGAGUCACCACAUUUGGCGGCCAGUCCAGAACAGCUGGAACAGAGUGCCUCCUGAGGGGCCACAGGCCAGCCUCCACCCCUCCAACAGCAAGUCCUCACGUGACAGCCACCCCAGGAGCCAGCUUCAUGGAACAGACACAGAGAGUCCUGAGCCGGCCCCCUCCUGUCUCCGCUUCCCAACCCAGGAAGAGAAGGACAUUGGUGCGAUCUUUCUUUUACAAGGUCUCUUGGAAACUGAGGUUGCGGAAACAGGAACCUUUGAAGAAUGUGUUUUUCAUCUUGGCAGAAAGAGCCCAGGAUCCUAAUGCUAAAAAGCGUCAUCUGGCAAUGAGAGGCCUGGGCACCUUGGCCCGUGAAGCCCCUGACAAGCAGGUGAGAAAGUACAAGAAAGUUUUCCUUGCCCUCCUGGUACAUGGGCUGUAUGACCCCGUGAGUUCUGACGUUAUCCACGAGAGCAUGAAGACUCUGACCAUCAUGCUGGGCAAGAUCCAGGGCCAACGCCUGGGCUCCUUCUUCGUAGAUAUCACUCUUCAGACCAGGGCUCUAUUGGAUGAUGAGAACGACGGUGUGCGGUACUUGGCCUUUGUUCUGUUUGGGCAAUUGGCUGCAUUUGCUGGGCGGAAAUGGAAGAAAUUUUUCACUGACCAGGUUAACCAGACACAAGAUUCCCUCCUGACCCAUUUACAGGACAAAAGCCCUCAGGUGGCCAAGGCUUGCAAAACGACUGUGCGAGCCUGUGUUCCGUAUCUGAAACCCAGAAAAGAGCAGCGUUUCCAGAGUGAAGAAGAUAAGCGCAACCCCAGACUUUCCCGGCAGCUGAGCCAUUAUCAUCCUGAGGUCCUGCUGUUCUUCUAUGCCAAUAAAAUCCUCUAAGUCCAGAGCGGCAGAGAAAAUGGCCCCAUGUGAGUGCCCUGCUCCGGGCAUCCCGUUCCCUCUGCUCUGUCUCACUGGGUACCUCUUUGACUCUGCUCAUAUGAUAGUAACAAGAGAGGACGUCAGAGAGCUACUGAGGGCAAAAACAAUCUCCUGGAAGUGUAUCUCUGCACUCAAAGUAAAAUUCUCCAUUACUUUCACGGAUCUCAUUUCUUCCCUAAACAAACAAAUUUGUUUAGAGGUAUAUGCUUCCUUUUCUAAAUUGCGUGCAUGCGUGUGUGUGUAUGCCUGCACAUAAAUGUGCGUGAUUGUAGAGGUGAGAACAACCUCAAAUACUGUUCGUCAGGUAUAGUCCACCUUUCCACUGAAAAAGGGUCCUCAAACAGCCUGGGGCUUGUAGAUUAGGCUAGCCUUGAUGGCUGGUAAGCCCCCAUUAUAACUACACUCUGGUAAACCCAGCUUUUUUUUUUAAUUCUCUCAUAUAUUAUGUCGCUCAUAUAUUAUAUC